AUGCCUUGGGGCUAUAGUUGGCGCUCCUCCCGAUGGCUGAUAUUCUCGACAAUGACCGUUGCGUUGUUUGCAGAGACGUUCCUAUUUGGAUUCCUAGUUCCCAUAUUAAGCUACAUGCUGGAGGGUCGUUUGCAUCUCGAUCCCUCCCGAACACAAGCUCUCACCUCGAGUUUGUUCACCGUCCACGGUUUUUCUGGGCUCGUCUCUGCUCCCAUUAUAGCACAUUUUGCCGAUAAGUCACCGAAUCGAAAAAUACCUCUCUUGAUUGCCCUGGCGGGAUGUUUCUUGGGCACUCUCAUGAUUGCAUUGACUCACUCGCUCGUGGUCCUUUUCGUUGGACGCAUUUUCCAGGCAAUUUCGGGAUCUGCAGCAUGGGUGGUCGGCUUUGCUGUGAUGUCUGAUAUAGUUCCCGUUCAUGAUCUGGGUAAAACCAUGGGGAUUGCCAUGUCAUUCGUGACUGCCGGUAUUGUAGGAGGUCCCAUGGUUGGCGGUACCAUAUUCCAGCUGUUUGGCUACUGGCCAGCCUGGUCAGUUCCACUCACAGUGCUGGUGCUCGACAUCAUCGCCCGUUUAAUCAUGGUUGAACCGCGAGCUCUGCAACCUACUCCGUCAUAUUCUGGAAAUCCCGACAGUGCUCCUGUAGAAACAACAGGCUUGCUUUCGCGGAACUCUCCGAAUAAUGCGCAAAAUAUUAAUGAGAAUGUCAGUGAUGAAACGGUUCUGAAACCACAUAGUGCUCCUCGAGGGUUCUAUCGUGUUAUGCUCCGUGAACCGCGCGUGUGGACCGGAUUGGCAAGUUUAUUGAUGACUUCUAGCCUCAUGUCUAGCUUCAAUAAUACGCUUCCCGCACACCUCCGGGAUGCCUUUGGUUGGGGAAGUUUGCCAAUUGGAAUGAUGUUUCUCUGCUUGCAGGCCCCGUCCAUGGUUUUGGGGGGUCCGUUUGGCAUGAUCCGGGAUCGCUAUGGUUUGCGCAUUCCAAAUGCCAUCGGCUGGUUCCUAUCAGCUCCUCUACUCUGGCUAUUAGGUAUUGCAGGAAAUCCUAAUUUCCCGUGGGUUGGUGAUGUUGCUCAUGGAAAGUCUUUAUUUAUCUGCUGUAUGGUUGGGUUGGGCACGUCCUUGAUCCUUGUGCGUGGUGCAGGUGCUAUUCAAUUGACAUGCGUGGUAAGAGAACUACAAGCCAAAGAUCCCCUUAUAUUUGGACACCAGAGUGGCAGCUCGCGCGUCUUCUCCACGGCCGAAGUUGUUUAUAGUCUUGGAAUGACAAUUGGGCCUAUGAUAUCCGGUUUACUCUUUGAGAAGGUGGGCUUUCAUUUAAUGAACGUCGUCUUUGGUAAGUAUAGCCCCGAUUCAAAUUUAUUGUCUCCUGCUAUUGCUAACGUCAAUAGCUAUUACAUGUGUUGCAAUGGCCAGCCUUUCUUUUACAUGGCUUGA